AUGGACUUUUGGUCGCGCCUCCUAGCACACACGCCGCUGUCGUCGGCUGGUUCCCGCAAGGACUUUGCGAAGGACCCUGCCCGUCGCCUACAUCGGUUCGAGAAGGAGUACAGCCAGUUGCUGCACGCAUGGCGCAACUCGUCCAACCUUGCUCACGAUGACGAAGCCGCCGAACAUAUCGAGAUCCGCCUUCAGGAACUGACGAACCUUCUCAACGACGAGUCCCGCCGACCGCUACCCCAUCCCUGCAUCUCCUUCGCCGCCGCUAAGCAGGUCUACAUCCCCGUGGCCAAGAUCGCAACGAGUUCCUUCAACGAGUGGAUCAUCAAGGAAGCCGUACUCUUCUUUGCGAGCCUGAUCGAGAGCGAGGAGGAGGCCUUUGUCGAGAAUGAAACCUUCGCCGCGAGUUUGACGAACCUGCUGGUCCGGAUAACUGGCGCUAACAGCAUCCGUCUCGGAGCCGAUACCGAAGCCCGCGUCGUCGAGUUGGCUUUCAACAUCACGACCAAGAUCCGUCUCGACCCAGAGAUCCUGACCGCCUGGUUCAGGUCUCAACAACAUGGCCCGUCAGACACAAAACAACUGGACCACCGUGAGAAGUUCGCAGGGAAGACACAGAAGCAGGACUUCCCCCUGUUCUACCUGCUCAUGGACUACAUCCACCAUGAGGGCAAGAUCGGCGACUUUGCGAGGACUGGCCUGCUUUACAUCAUCGAAGCUGCUUCAAGCUCGGUUCCUCUAGAACAGUGGAUUGUGGAAAGUGAUUUAUCGACUCUGAUGGCAACAGGCCUGGGUGCUCUGUAUAGCCAACUGAGCCGCAAGCUUGUGAUCGAUCACCUUCCCAACGAACUCCCCCCUAUCCUCGCCUUCUCCGACUACCAACAUCCCAAGUCCAACUACGAGGUUGUCAGCUCUUGUUCUUUCCAGUUCCAGUCCCAUCUGGAUACAUUUCUGUCCCACCUCCUUUUUUGGCAGGAUGUCCUGAACCACUGCAGGUCCGUCGAGGUCAAGUCGACUCUCCUGGAGCAUUUCCAGGUCAUCUUCUUGCAACAGCUCUUUCUUCCGACGUCGACGGGCGGUUCCUCCGUCGCUGUUUUGACGUACCUCCGCCGUAUCCUCGAAUCGCUGGAUCACCCUGACAUGGUCAACCUCAUCCUCCACUAUCUGCUCGGCCUGCCUGACCUUGUGAGUUCCGUCAGCUCUAAUACCGUAGAUGUCGUGAGCGCCGCCCGCAAGCGCAAGUCGAUGGACCUGGCCACCAUGAUGGCCUCCAAGGGAGAGACCGCUGCAGACCCGUUGCUGUUCAAUCUUGUCGAUCUUAUCCUGGCUUGUCUUCGGUCGCGGAACAACCAGACAGUUUACGUCACUCUUCAACUGGUAUCGGUGAUUCUUAAGAGGCAUCACCGGUACGCAGUGAUCACUUUGCUCUACACCGAAGGUGUUCUGGGCGAGUCUCAUCACCGGACAUCAGGUGCUCACCAGCAGGAGGUCGAGUACUUAAUGUCCUUAGCAGGAAGCAUCGGAGGAGAGGAUAACUUUGACGAGAUCUACGAUAAUAUCCUGAAGGACACCCUGUUACGCUUGGAAAACCACCCCUGUUCCAUCAAGUUAGUUACGCCGAAAACAUCAACGCACAACCACAAGCUCCCGGCGGUCCCUGAUUCUCUCCCGGGUGCGCCGAGGGAUGUCCGGUCACACACCCUUCAUCCGAGUGACCCCCUGCUCAACAUCGUCUUGGAUCGGCUGGACACCUUUUUUCUCAACUCGGUCGACACCAAUCUUGCCUUGACGGAAGCCAUCUUCGACCUCGCCGUGUGCGGCUUUAUGCACCUCGAAGGUUGGUUCAUGCGGAAUCCGCUCAACUACGUUUACGAAGAGGAGGACGACAGCCCGCCGUUACCCGAGCCCCCGCUGGACCCCGAAUCCCAAGAGUACAUCGAGUACAAGCAGAUGCAGUCGAUGCAGGAAGCUCGCCGUCGCCCGAGGUGGAUUCAGUCGGCCCUACCUCGCCUGCUGAAGAUAUUGCAGACCCUUUGUGACCAGGUCGCCGGCUACCGGGAAACCGUCCCGCGCUUUGACGAUCUGCUGCAGCAACGCCGGGAGGCUUUCCAAAUAGCAGAUUCUGCUAGCCAGGCCCUUCCCCUUCAUCCUCCCCGGGCCAGAACCCCGGUCUCUUCGACGGCCGGCACGGCCACCCCCAGUACAGAACGGACAGUUAUUUACAACGACGAAGGGCGCGAGACGUCCCGUGAGCGGCCCUCUGGUCUCGAGGGGUUUGCCCAGCGCCUCCUCUCCGAGCUAAGCACGCCUACCCGUUCCGGCAGUCCGCAGAGCCGAAAGGAAGGAAAACGGGCGGUCUCGGACCGCUCUACGCCCAUUUCCUUCCCCUCCACUGACACUCCUUUGCACCUGCCGCCGCCGCAAAUCGGCCGAUCAUUCUCGCCCCGAAGCCCUUCUCCUUCGAAUGGUGCUUGGGAUAACGACAAACCUGACGCCUUCGCAAGUCAAGCGAAAGCAUUCCAGGCCGUCGACCAAAGCAUCCUUGCCCGGCGCGUCGGCGUCCCCGACGUCAAGUCCUCGGAGAAGUCAAUAGAGCCGAUUGGUCUGAGCUUUGACAGACAGCGCACAGCCGGCGGCGUAUCCUCGGCAGACGAGAAAUACGCUGCUGACGAGGAGGAGGCCAAGGCGGAGGAGGGCGGCGGUGAGGACGCGCUUCUCGCGCCGUCAGAAGACGGAGAGCAGACGGACGACGACGAUCGUGAUGGGGCUGCUGGCGGGGCCGGGGAGGGCGAGCCGGUGACGCCGACUAUCGACCGGUCGGUGUCGGUGUCACAUGUGCUGACGAAUGUUGUUGUGUUGCAGGCAUUCUUGUUUGAGCUGGCUAGUGUGGUGCAGGUGCGCGCUGGUUUGUUUGACGAGGUGCGGUUUGCUUAG